AUGCAGCCUUCUCUGUUUCUCGCUACCGCCCUCCUUCUGGCUACUGGGAGCACCUCCGCUGCUUCCAACGGCCGACGAAGAGCUUUGCAGUAUAGGAAUGGCGCCGUAAAACGCUACUCUGAAGAUCCUAAUGAGUCCAUUCAAGCCAGGGCAGUUUCUCUAGCCGCCCGUAAAGCGGCUGCGACGCCAGCACCCAAGAAGCCAUCACCCAAGAAGCCAUCACCCGAGCCAGCACCUAAAAAGCAUGGAAAGGUAUGCAUGUUUUCGACUAUUCACAAAAACCUCAAACAGGGUGGCGUCUUUGUCGGCGUCUGCAUGCAUCCCGUGGAGAAUGUGUGGAGUUUCAUCGCUCAUCACAAUUCAAAAGUAUGGGCAAUGACUGGUCUCGAAGACAUGUACCAGGAUAGACUUCCAGGCGACGCGGGAUUUGUGUACAAAGCGGUCUUCCAUCCUCACAAAGCUGUCAAAUUUGGUCAAACUAUCAAGUUUGAAGCCUAUCAUUUGAAUAAAUCGUUGUAUGAAGCAGCUGCACGGUUAGCCGGACUACAAGGCAAGCUCGAAUGGCAACAUUGCGACUGUCCGGAUAAUCUUCCUGGUCAAUUAGGCUUAGAAUUUGACGCAGUGAGCUGGUAA